AUGCCCACCUUUCAGACAAUCCUCAUCAUUGGAGCCACCUCGGGGAUUGGCGAAGAAUUAGCUCGCCAGUAUCAUGCAAAAGGCAAGAAGGUUAUCAUUUCGGAUCGCCGAACAGAAAGACUUCAUGCUCUGACGGCUGAGCUACCAGGGUUGGGCUCCAUCCGGAUGGAUGUGAAGAAUCUUCCAGCUCUGCCAGUCAAAAUAGACGAAGCAUUUACGAGGUACCCAGACAUCGAUGCAGUGAUCGUCAAUGCCGGCAUCCAGCGUCUCCUGGACUUCAACAGCACCGAUGUAUCUGCGAGCCAGUACCCAACCACAGACGCCAUCACCGACGAGAUCACAACCAAUCUGACCGGUCCGACCGUCCUGGCACGCUGCACGAUCGAAUACUUCAAAGCAUCGCGAGCCAACCACCCUUGUCUUCUAGCCUUUGUGACCUCGGGUCUGGCGUUGGUCCCGGCCACCAUGUUCCCCGUGUACUGCGCCACCAAAUCAGCGCUGCAUCACUUCGCGGUGCUCCUGCGAAAUCAGCUCAAUGAUACCCCUAUCGAUGUGGUGGAGAUUUUGCCCCCGUACGUGGAGACCGAAUUAGACAAGGAUCACAUUGAGGAAUUGACCAGACGCAUGGGUGGGACGAAGCCGCAGGGGAUGCCGGUCACGCAAUACGUUGAAGGAGUUGUGCGAGGGCUGGAGGUUACAGAGGAGAAUGGGAAGAUUCUGAAGUAUGUCGCUGAAGGGUUUCCUCGUGCUGCAGUUGAUGCAUGGGUCACGGCUAUCAGUCCCAUGGCGCAGAUGUUGCAUACUGAGCUAUGA